GACGCGAUUGUGGACGUGAAAACAGGGGCUGCGUUUAUAUUGCGUGUGUAGCGGUCGACAAGAACGCAUGUGGCAUGUGGUGCGGUCGGUGCGGUUCAAAAGUUGGUUGACAUGUGCUGUUGCAUUCCCUGUCACUCCGAAAUCAUGUACGGGGGCACCUAAUCUAUUUAGCGUGCGUUGUUUUGACCCUGGCAAACAUGUGCACCCCUUCAAAUGCCACGGGACAGUCAAAGAAAAGUGAGGUCAAUCCUGUAAUUGCUCUGAUAAGCGCUUAAGAUGGAAGAGGAAGACCUCAAGGAACGCCAAGAGAAUGAGAUGAAAGUACUGCAAUCGAUGUUUCUGGACGACGUGAAGGACCUGCGGAAGAACGACAAAUGGAAAACGUGGCGUCCGCCCGAGAUUUUACUCACGCUGAGGCCUCAGCAGAGCAUGACUCCCUUCCAAGCGCACGUGCAGGUGGAUCUUCACGUCAAGUGCAACAGCCAGUACCCGAAUGUUGUGCCGUAUGUAGACGUGUGCAAUCAAAAGGGACUGUCGAAUCAAGCCUUGGCAGAACUUCGAAAGGAGCUGCAAGAGUUGACAAAGCAACUUGUUGGAGAGGUUAUGGUGCUUGAGCUUGCCCAACAUGUGCAGUGGUUUCUUCGCCAGCACAACACUCCUGAACGUGGCUCUUUCUACGACGAAAUGCUCAAAAAUAAGGAAAAGCAGGAGGCAGAGAAGGCGCGCGAGCAGCAGCAACAGUUAAACGAGCAGCGGCUAGAAGAGGAAAAGCAGAGACAAGCGUUUGAACUUGAAAUCCUGCGUCACCGUCAGGAGAUGAGAGUGGAAGCAAGAAGGAGGCGCACGAAUUCCAAGAUUUCUGAGAGCAAAGAACACAACUGCGUGCAUAAACCUGAGCUGCUCAGUUUCUUCUCCAAGUCUGCUGAGCACACGGUGCAAAAGGGUACUUGUCUUGGUCACAGUGAACGUGGACACAGCACAUUCGGUGGCUUUGACUCAACUACAGGUGAACUUGUGUGUAUUAUACAGUGGAGCUUGAAAACAGACUAUCAUGUGGCGACUGUUGAGCAGGAGCUGCAGACACUCACGAAGCUAAAGCAUACAAACCUAGUUCACUACUUAGGUAGCUUGUAUAUUCCUGAGCAACGAACAUUUUAUGUACUGCAGGAAUUUGUGAAAGGCUGCCCACUAAGUUCCUUCAUAGCUCAAGGCAUUCCACUUGAUAUGGCCCUCUUGCGUAGUUAUACGACUGGCAUCCUACAAGCAUUGCAAUAUCUCCACUGCAACUCUGUUGUGCACAAGGAUCUCAAAGAAUCUAGUAUUUUUGUUGACUGUUCUGGUGUUGUAAAGGUGGCAGAUUUUAGCAUUCCUAGGAAAAUUGUAGAUUUGUGUUUACCAGCUUCAUAUGAUGCAGGACCUGCCUGCAAAUCUAAAAAGAAGAAUGACAUUUUGCAGUUUGGAAAAGUACUUCUAUCCUUGCUUCGUGGAGAACAUGCAACCAGUACAGAUAUACCUAGCAGUCUGUCCCUGGAUGCUCAAGAUUUCCUGGAACGUUGCUUGGCUGCACAAGAACAAGACCGAUGGUCAUGCGAGCAGCUUUUAAGUCAUCCCUUUCUAAUGGAGAAAGGACCUAGUGUUGAGAAUGAGCCUCUUGAUGAUGAAGGACCAGAUGAGUCUGGUAGUUGUGCACUGAGUUCUGCAGGUCAUUCACGCCUCCAGGGUGAGUUUGAAGUGCUUAGAUGGUUAGGAAGAGGUGGAUUUGGAGAUGUCUUUAAAGUCCGCAACAAGCUUGAUCGUUGUGUUUAUGCAAUCAAGCGCAUUCAACUCAACCCAUCUAGCAAAGUUCUUAAUCGAAAAAUAAUGAGGGAAGUAAAACUGUUGUCGAGGCUUAACCAUGAAAAUGUUGUGCGUUAUUACAACUCUUGGAUUGAAGUUACAACACACGAGCAAGUUCCUGAAACACUGGCAUCUUCAGGUGUGAGUACUGAGUCAACUAAAGGCACUUCACACGAGUGGAGCAUGCCAGGUGGCAACGCAGAAGAUUCAAAUUCUUCAGAUAAUAUUUUUGGGUGUGCUUUUGGCGACUCAUCGUCAUCAAGCGACAAUAUUGUCUUUGAAGGUAGCAGAGAAGCUGAAUCUGAGGUGUCAGAGGAGCCAACAGCUGUGACCCAAGCACGACAGUUCAUGUUCAUUCAGAUGGAAUUUUGUGAAAAGAGUACUCUGCGCACAGCGAUUGAUAAUGGCCUCCACAGGGAGCCAAGCAGAAUGUGGCGUCUCUUUAGAGAGGUCAUUGAAGGAUUGGCACACAUUCAUCAGCAAGGCAUGAUACAUCGAGACCUAAAGCCGGUCAACAUAUUCCUUGACUCAAGUGACCACGUCAAGAUCGGAGACUUUGGACUGGCAACCACAGCAUUACUAUCAAGGGUAGAAACAUCUGAGGUGCCAGAGCACAUUGACCAGCCCACAUCUGCCAGCUUGACGGGCCGUGUGGGUACGACGCUGUACACAGCACCUGAGCUUUUUGUGUCAACUGGUGGCCGUGUUGUGUAUAGUCAGAAAGUGGACAUCUACAGCCUAGGCAUUAUCCUCUUUGAGAUGUCCUGGCCUGCACCCAACACUGCAAUGGAGCGAGUUAAGUUGUUGGCGAACUUGAGGCUUCCCAGCAUCAGUCUUCCGACUGAUGCCUGCGACCUCCUCAGCAGCCAACAGAUAAGCUUGAUAUGCUGGCUGCUACAUCAUGACCCGUCACAAAGACCCAGCGCAGCAGAACUGCUUGCUUCACCUCAGUUGCCCCCGCCACACUUGCAGGAGGCCCAAGCAACAGAAGUGCUUAAUCACACUGUCUCCAAUCCACAAAGUAAAGCUUUUAAGCAUUUGGUUAAUGCACUGUUCCAGCAGGAGGCUACUGUCGUCCAGGACUAUGCCUAUGAUGUAGAUAUGCGCAAAGGCAACCCAUUGCCUCAUUCAGCAUUGCUUUUCCGACAUGUAAGGACAUCUUUAGAGCAUGUUCUUGUUAGGCAUGGCGCUAUGCCAGUGGUCAUUCCUACACUGCUUCCAAAAUGCCCAAGCAGUGAAGAAGAUGAUAAUAAGGUUCAUUUCAUGGACCAUGGAGGGUUGAUAGUGUCAUUGCCUCACAACAUGAGGGUUCCAUUUGCUCGUUAUAUAGCUAGACGCAGUGAUGUUGUAUCACUGAGACGAUAUGCAAUUGAAAAAGUGUACCGUUCACGAAAGGUAUUUGGUUGUCACCCACGAGAACUGCAUGAAUGUGCAUUUGACAUUGUUUGUUCAAGCCAUCAAAGUGCCUUAACUCACUGUGCAGAAGUGCUCCACAUUGGCAGUGAAAUAGUGGCCGAGUUCCCUGAGCUGCAAGCACGAGGAUACAGCAUACGCUUGGGUCACACAGGUCUUAUGCAUUCAUUAUUGAUGCAUUGUGGUGUACCUGAAAGCAGGUGGCCCCAAAUACUGGCAGCAUUGCGUACCGUUCAGUCUUCAUCUAAGAUACAGCUUCAGCAGGAACUCGAUGCAGUGAACUUGGGCGACCAGGCUGUGGCACUUCUGACCCAGUUUUAUGAAGUUGAAGACAAUUUGACUAAGGUGACCUCUAUGUAUCGGUUUGUGGUGCGCCAGAAGGGCCCUGCAGCUGCCCUUGCCAGGCAAGCUUUGUAUGAUCUUGAGGCAGUGCUGCAGUCAUCCUCGGCCCUGGCAUUCCAGCUACCUGUGACAAUUGUGCCUUGUCUUGUCUGUGAUGAGCGCAUGUACUCGGGCAUCGUAUUUGAAGUUGCCUGCCAGUCACACAGAAAAACACGUCGUCAGGGCCGUGAUUUGUUAGCAGUGGGUGGCCGUUAUGACAAACUGGUGGCUUCUUUUGCUGUGGCUGGUGCCAAAAGGGACCUAGCUGCUGUGGGAAUCAGCUUUUCUAUUGAGAAAAUUGUACAAGCAGUGGCUGAAGACGGUGAAACACCAUCCUUAGUAGAAUGUGUUCUCGGGAACAUGAGUGAAGUGUCCACGUCACUGCGAAACCAGCAACUAGCACUCUUAGCGCGACUGUGGAGCAUGGAUGUUCCGGCAGUCAUGGCACCCCAAGAUGGCAUUGAAGAGGCCUCCUCCUUUUGUAGAGAAAACUUUGUUCCACAUCUAGCCCUUCUUAAGGAGGCCGAACCUGGUUAUCUAAGGCUUCGUAGCCUUGAGAAAGACCGCUUCACUGAAAAAAGACUGUCUGUAUCUGAGCUUUGUGAACUUUUUGAUAAAACUCCCCCGACUGAGCCAACAAGGCAAGAAGUUAAUUCUAGUGGACCAACACUACGAAUUGUGUUUAGUGUCGCAGAAAAGGUGUCCACGAGCAACAGACGGAGGUAUGAAUCUCAGAUUGCGAUUCAGCUGGCACCAUUGGCUCAAGGGUUUCUUGGAAGGGUUUCUGUGGUGGAUGUCAUAGCAGUUGAGCUUACCGGAGAUGUACUGCGGUCAGCUGUUGCAUUGCUAAAUAUGGAAGCUGAUGGGCGCAGUUAUGAAGGCAGUGUGACUGCCCUUGUAGAAAAGCACCCCAGAUGUAAGAAGCAGUUGCUUUUGCUUGCAGAGAAAGUGUACAGCCUCAUAUUUGAGGUUAAAAGGACAAUUUUUGUGCUGUAUGCUCUACAAGAUAACAACUACAAGGUGGUUAUAGUUCCUUCCAGAAGCUAGCACUGGAGGAAGCAAUGCUCAGUUGUUUUAUGCUGCCCUGUGUUGUGCCAAAGUGCUGGCUGGUCAUUUGCAAACAUAUAUCUGCAUUUUUCAUCUUCUGCAUCCUAGUCAGGCCAAUGCUGUUACACUGAUUUCAGUGUGUUCUUUAAAACUGCCAUGAGAUUUUGUCAAUAAAUAUAUUUUUUUUUAAUUU